AUGACAAAUUUCAGCAAAGGCUUUUAUGGUGUAGUCAGCUCUGAAAUUUGGUGCGACCCGGUUCCCGACAAAGAGGGAGAGUAUCCCAGCUCCGAGGCUCAAGCUGAGGGAACUGAAGAAAAUGCCGUUCGGUUUCUCAAGAGCGCUGCCAGUGACUCGCCGGAUGGUGAUCUCGAGCUGAACUUUGUGAAGAGGCGCACACUCGACGAGCAGCCGGUGUGGCCGGUUACGUCAUCGUCAACAGCUAGCCCCUUUUCCCAGGAGGCCAAGAAGCUGGCGAGGAGCUUUGGAUUCCUUUACGACUGCGAUGGUGUCCUCCAUUUGGGUGAUCAGAAGAUUCGCAGUGCCAAGUCUGCCUUGCGGUUGUGCCGGGACCAUGACUCGAGGUAUCUGUUCUUGACGAAUGGCGGUGGCAACACAACAGAAGAACAGAAAGCGGCGAGCUUGAAAAAGAAGGUUGGUAUAGAUGGCGUGGACGAUCUUAUUGGCGACCGGGUUAUUCAAUCACACACGCCACUUCGAAAAUUCAGGACACAGGCCAAAGAGGACGAGACUAUCUACAUCACGAGCUUAGACCCUGAAAGAGCUCGAAAUAUUGCUCACUCGUACGGCUUCCGGAAUGUUAUCACGUCAACAGAUCUGCUCGAGCAGUAUGAGCACAUCUAUCCAUUCGCACCCAAGCAUAUCUUCAACUCCAAAGGCCGGGCGCUUCCAAAUGCCACCAAACUAUGGCGCGGCACAGAUGCCAUGGCCUAUGACGCAGCCGAAUUGAAGAAUGGCAACUACCUGAAGAUCGACCACGUCUUCAUCUUCAACGACCCUCGGGAUUGGUCACUCGAGACCCAAAUCAUUCACGACAUCCUCGCGUCGCAUCAGGGCUAUCUCGGCACACUAUCUCACAAGAAUGGCGAUAAGUCCUUGGAGAAUGGCGGCUGGCAACAGGAUGGACAACCCAAGGUGUGGAUAUCCAACCUCGACCUCCUAUGGAAAACAGAGCACCCAAUCAACCGCUUCGGCACCGGCGCGUUCCUGCACGCCUUCCGCGGUGUCUGGAAAGAGUCGACAGGGCACGAGCUUCUGUUCAAAUAUAUGGGCAAACCCUCGCGCAUCACUUACGAGUACGCUCACGACAGUCUCCUGCGAGCAAACGGGGCGGCCGACGGGAGGACCGAGCCGUUGCGCAGGGUAUACAUGAUCGGCGACAACCCGGAGAGUGAUGUUCGCGGGGCGCUCGAGUUCCAGCCCGAGGACGGGACCGAGUAUGUGCCGAUCCUGGUCAAGACGGGGGUUUGGCGCCAGACAGAGGCGGAGAGGCAGCCUCGAUGGGAACCGGCAGUGAUUGUGAACGAUGUCCUUGACGCCGUGGUUUGGGCCAUGAGGAACGAGGGUAUUGAUGUUACCAGAGAGGCUGUGGAGAAGAUGUAG